ACAUACAUAUUUUGGCUCUGCAUGGAGUGGAUCUUCCUUGUGUAGUUCAAUUGUUCAUACUGAUUCAUGCCUUGAUUCUGCGCAUGCUUUUCCAUUGUGCCAGUUGAACCCAGCGUCCUGCCCCCGGGUGCAUCCAACGCGGAGAGCAGCAGCUUUUAGCGUCCACCAUCAGCAGCUCAGUGACGUUUGGCUUUCCCAAUAUUAAGGCCACACUUGCCAGUGGAGUGCGAGAGCAUGUGGAUUGGACAACCUGUCUCAUUGGUUGUGACUCACCCUGGGGACAAGGCUACUGAUUUGUUCUUGAAAGCCUUCGUGGGGGGAUAUGCACAGAUCGGAGGCGUUGCAACCUUGGCGGUCAGAAUUGCUGACAUGAUCAAAACAACUGCUGUGACUUCCAUCGUUUCUUCUUUGGCUGCGAAUCCAUCUCGUGUGAACUUGGACAAUGCCAUUGAUACCAUCCUCCGCAGCGGCAAGAUCAACGAAAUUUCAAGCAGCAAGCGUUGGACGCCGAAGUCGAUUUGGUAUUGGUUGACUGGCAAGAAGACCAUCGCAACUUUGACCUUAAAGACCAAGUACGACCGACAGUACAAUCCUCCCAUGGUGAAAUUUCAAUGCGUCAAGAACGAACAUCCGGGCAAAUAUGGUACCCGAGAUCGCCCAGCCUAUGUCGCAAUGCUUGGCGAGCAAGGCCUCCGGCAAGUUCGAAUUUCUCGAUCGCAUCCUCCCAAGAUCUUUGCGCAGAUGACGAGUUCCUUGGAUCUUUUGGAGAAGCUGCUUCAGCGUUUAGGCCUCAUAUUCACACGCAUCGAUGGAUCCAAGUCAUUGAGGCAGAGGUCCCUUGCCAUUGCGGCCUUCACACAAGAAGCAGUGCCAGUGAUGCUGCUGACCACUCGUGCCGGUGGAUUGGGACUCAACCUCCAAGUUGCUGACACCGUCAUCCUCUUUGACAGCGACUGGAAUCCACAGGCACAGAUGUUGCAGACCUUCAGGCAUCCGACCGAGCACAUCGAAUUGGGCAGACAAGGAGACAAGUCUCAGCGGACCUUCGCAGACCGCAUCGCCGCAUCGCCAUGCCCACGUUACCUGGGACGAUCUUCAAACCACCUGGGUCCGGGUCCGGUCCCAGAAACUCGGCUGAGCCGCCCCGUGGCUCCGGCAGCUUCUCGCUUCGACACCACCAGCCUCGAUGCCACAGUCUCCUUCCGGUUCUUUCUCGAUGCCGCCACCACCACAAAUGGUCCCUCCAUCGCCCAGUGCGUGGAUGACGGCUCCUUCAGCACUGCAGGAGAAGGCUUGAAAUGUGAGCAAGAUACGGUGCUGUUCCGGCAGGGAGAUCCACCUGGCAGUUGCUAUGUGAUUCUUGAAGGCUCAGUUGGGAUUCAUGUCAAACCGGACGAAGAGACCCACCCUGACGUUGAUUCACGUGAAGGCACACCACGAGCGGGCCCUCCUUUAAGAGAGAGCCGGCGAUCGAGCGAAGGUCCUCUCACGGAUGCCUUGUCGGACUCUUCAGAGGAUUCGCUCAGCCUUACGAACUCUUUGCCCCGAAAGGAAAGUGAAUCACGGCGUAGCUCUGCAGCCAGGUCUGACUUGAACAGCUCCAAGGAGUUUCCGAGUCGGCGGAGCAGCUUGAAAGGUAGUAAAAACCGAGAAGCCAAAGAUGGACGGCGGCAGAGCUACGAAUCCAGCCAUUUUGAGGAUGAUGCAACUAGCCGCCGUACCUCGAUUGAGUGGUGCGAUUCCAAGGGCAGCGUGGACUUGUACGAUUCCAUCCAAGAGGAACAGGGAACGGACGGGCCACCAAGCCGCCGGUCGUCCCAGAGUUUGCGCCGCUGCUCUACUGAAAGCCGUUUCAGUGAGCAAGAAGAGCGGCAAGAUUCCAAGAAGAGUUUGCGCGAGGAGGACCUCCACGGCAGCCGCCGGUCGUCCCAACAGAGUUUGCGUCGCUCCUCCACCGAAAGUCGCUUCAGUGAGCGACAAGACUCCAAAAAACUGAACCGAGAGGGGCGAAGUGGGUCAAAAAGUUCGCUGGGCCGAAGCCGAAGCGGUUUGGUCAUCAACAUUCCAGAGGACCAAGAAUCCACAGCGCAGCUGUCCAACAAGAGCAGCAAUGAGAGCAGGCGGCUGCCGCAUGACCAGUCAGAGGGAGAGCCAAUUAUGCGAUCCAGGACACACGAAGGUUUCAGCUGGUACCAUCCCAAGUCUCACUUGGGUGCUCAGGUUGUGCGACUCAGUCGUGGGCAGCUCUUUGGGGAGUUGGCAUUGCUGGGAGACCAACCAAGAGCUGCCAGUGCCAGAUGUCUGGAAGAUUCACAACUUCUUGUGAUUUCUCGCCAGGACUUUGACAGCCUGUUGAAGUCUGACUUGGGAAAGCAGAAGGACGAGACGACAGGUUUCCUUCGGCGGCAUGUUCCAGGGAUGUCUGACCUUCCUGAGCAAUCCCGCUUCGGGAAGCCCCAUGCAUCUUAUUACUUCAAGCAGCAGUCUGUGCCGAAGGGCUUUGUCUUCAUUAAGCAAGGGGAGAAGACCAGCGAGCGCUUUUGGGUACUUCGAAAAGGCGUCGUGGAGUUCUGGCACGUGGAUCCUGGGCAGGUUGUACCAGACGACUCUGGAGUGAGCAGGCCCUCUUCAUCCGCAGCAAAGCGGAGAGGGCGGCAGAGCACUCGAGGCCGACGCAUUGCACUGCUGGUUGAGGGCGGCCUUUUCAGCACUGUGCCGACAAAUGAUCCAGAGCCCUUCACAGUGAUCGCGCAGAGCCUAUGCGAGGUUUUUUGCGUCUCGAAAAGCGAUUUCAUGCGCUUGCCUUACAGAGUGAUUUGCGCUGUCCAGGAUCACUUGAUGGCGGCGGCCAUGUGGCGCCUAACUCGCUGCAUCGAUGGUCGAACUUUCUUGCAGCCGCAGAAGGAAGUGAAGGAAGCUGCGCCUCUUCAAGAAACGAAGCGCAAAGUCUUGGCAGAAUUGCUGCACUGUGAUGUGAAUGCUGAGCGGCGAGGUCCCGAAAGCACAGCUUUGCGAUUGUUGCAAGAAGGCAUGAAGCAAAAAGCUGCAACGGGUGCUGAACUACGCGCGUCAUCUCCAACGUCUCCAACUACAGCUGGCUCUCCUUCUCCGGAACGCCGGCCGCAACCAACCCGUCCAAGCAGUGCUGUUGCCAAGUUCUACAAGCUGAAAUCGAGCUACGUCAACAUCGGCCUGCGCCGCAGCGAUGGCACCGUGCGCACGGUGACCCGUGCGAUGUCGGCCUCGCAGCUGGCGCGGCGGAGCGAGCCCAAAGGAAAAGAUGCUGCUAGUGUGUUGGUGCUGGUGAGACAUGUGGACUUCGAGUCCACCAGGCAAAGCACCGAGAAAGGCGAAGAAUCCUUCCCUGCAGGGCUCCCACGAAGAGCACAUGGGAAAGACAUGGAAGGCAAAGAUGCCAAAGAUGCCAAAGAUGCCAAAGCGAUUCAGUUUGCAGCACUGGAUCGUGGUUUGCUGGAACGAAAUGGGCGCAAACUGGAGAUGGAGCGCAAGGUGAUCAGGGCUGGCAACUUUUCGCAGGCUGUUGGGAUCUGUUGGGCACGGAACUGCUUCUGUUCGAGGGACACCGGGGACACCUCCUGUGCAGAAUUCCAUUGCUGGAGCUCCUUGAUUUAUCAUUUCAGAGCUGCAGAAUGCUGA